AUGGCGACUGCCAACAAUAAUCCGCAAUGGUACUAUUUCCUGCGGGAUGAUCCUCAUGGUCGAUUGCCGGAUGGUUGGCAUGCUUGCGAUGCGAAUUUUAAUCAAGCUGUGGAACAUCUUUAUCAAAAUCAAUCGGUGCUCAAUGAACUGAAUGACGCUGACAAUGUGACCGAAAGAACAUUCCAUCCAAUCCCCGGAACUUCAAUGAAUGGUCAUCAGUACGAAAUCGAUUUUCAGCAAAUGAGACAGCGUAAUGCAGGAUCCUGGAUGGAACGACCUGUUGAACGAACUAUCAAUGGCUUGCCGCCUACUACCGUCCCACAGGGCGUCACUGCAGCAGAAGAAGAAGAAGGUCCUCCCACUAUUUUUGACCUGAUCAAGGAACAUGAUUGGGAAGCCGUCAGAGAACGAAUCUUGACCGAACCAACCGUGGCAUCCUUGAUCCAUCCGGUAUCAGGGCGUUCGCCGCUGCACACAAUCUGUGCAAUGGGUAGCUCGUCUCCGGAAUUGAUUCUUCUCGUGGCCGAGGCUGCACCCGAAAUGACACGGCAUAAGGACAAGUUCUAUCAUGACACGCCAAUGCACAUUGUCUGCCGUAACAGUCAAAAGACACUUUCCAAGGCAACCAUUCUCUUGUCCCAUUGCACUCCGGAAGAUGUCUUGAAACGAAACGUGAUUGGAGGGACCUGCCUUCACAGCGCUUGUGGCCACAAUGCCAUGUUCGAAGUAAUUGAACAAAUUGUGAGAAAGAAUCCUGCCGUUCUCAAAAUCUCCACAUUUGAUGGGAUCCCACCCAUUCGCGGCCUCUUCUUCUCCUACACGCAAUCCAUUCCGGGUGUCUUGGCCGUUGGCAAAUUGUUAAAGGGACGUACGGUCGACGAAGGCCAUUUGGAUCGAUUCUGGGUCAAGGUGUCUUUUUUGGCGCUGGAAUACUACAAAUUGACGACUGCCUGCCCCGACAAGGAGAACAUCAGCGAGGAUUAUGUGGCGCAUGGACUGAUUCAUUCCAAUGCACCCUUGAACUUGUUGAAGAUUUCCUUCAAACGAGAUCCAGCCUGUGCCCAAGCCAUUGAUCGAGACGGCAACACACCUCUUCAUUUGCUAGCCGAACGACGACCCUAUCGAUUGAAGGAACGGGAGGCUUUACUAAGCGCCUUGGACGCCUUUCCAGAGGCUGCGGGAAUGCCCAACCACGAGGGUCAUCCACCACUGGUGUUGGCCAUUCGGAACAAGAUACCUUUUGCAAAUGGCGUCGACAAAAUUCUCACGGCCGACAUGACCGUGGUGUCUCGCCGUGACAAGGGGACCAGUCUGGUUCCCUUUCAAUUGGCUGCCACGGUCGGAGGGCCAGAGGCUUUGAAUACAACUUUCAGUCUGUUGUCCGCCUUUCCCCAAGAAUUGUCUAGGUAG